GAGGGAUAAGGAGAGGAGAAGAGCGAGACUGCUUUGCUUUACUUUGCUUUGCUUUUUUCCUUUGCUUUUGUGGGAAGUGGGGUUGCUUGCUCUCUGAUUGCCUCGUGAUUGAUUGGCGCUCUCUCUCUCGGAUUUGCUCGUGAUUGAUUGGUUGAUUGGCGCUCUCUCUCGCAGGGGGGCGAGAGUCUGCUUUUGCCAGAUUUGUUCCAGAGAAGGCCUAUCAUCAGGGAAGUCAGGGGAGGAGGGCAGGAGGACUCGUACGCCCUGGGGCUUUUGCGGUGGCUGUCCAUCUGCUGACCCUUCUUUCGUCACCGGGAGCGUGGGUUGAUUGAAUUUUGCAAAGCUGCCCCUGGGGGAUUGCAGGAAACUUGCGCGUUUUCCAAUGAUCCAGAAGAUUGAUUCCCAGAAGAUUAAUUAAUCUUGAUAUGCAGGGUAAUGACAAUCAAAUCAAUUGAGCAGAAGACUGUGAGCAGGGAAUUCGUAAAUGGGUUCAGAUUAAUUAAUCUUUGAAGCUGAAAUAGGGAAGAGCUGUGUGAGAUAUAUAGUCCCCCUGUGAAAUAGAUUUGUCUGUGUCUCUCUGUUCAUCCUCGUUCACAAGAAUGUGAAUGAAUUGAUUUCGGGAAUCCCAAUUGUCUCUUCGUUUAUUCGUUCUUUGUGAUUAGUUGGUUCGAUCGGGCACUUACAGUAGUAAAUAAUUGGCGGGAAUCCCGACGAUUUCGAUUUAUUUGUUUUUGGCGGGAAUGGGUGCGACGACCUACAUUGGCUGGAUUUAUGGAAGGGACGUGUCCAGGUCGAUCUCUUGAACGGAGUCGGGAUUGUGAUGCGAAGUGCUCGAGCGAAGUCGGGAUUGCGAUGCGAAGCGCUCGAGUGAAGUCCGGAUUGCGAUGCGAAGCGCUCGAUUGAAAUCGGGACUGCGACGCGAAGAACUUCAGUGAAGUCGGGAUUGCUGACUUGCUUAAACGGAAAAAAAAAAAAAAAAAAAAAAGACGAAGCAAAGAAAGGAAGCUGGGAUUGGGGCCCGAGUGAAAUGGGGAUCGAGAUACGCAGUAAAAGGAACAUUCGCGUGAGGUUGGGGUCAGCAAACGAGGAACGAUGAGCGUCCGAGUGAAGUUGAAGUGACAGGCAGAUCGAUGCUCGAGUAGAAAAGGUGAUCAUUCAAGAGAAGGGGGAGGGGGUUUGGUUGGGGGUACAGAGAGAGGUAGAGAAUUGUAGACGGCGACCCGGGGGGAGUGUUGAGAAGCUCAUGUGAGUGAACGUUUCGUCGAAGCCGAAGAGAGAGAGAGAGAGAGAGAGAGAGAGAGAGAGAGAGAGAGAGAGAGAGAGAGAGAGAGAGAGAGAGAGGCGAAAGGGAGCCAAAAAAAAAGUGGGCAAGAUGAGUUUCAUCAAGCUGGAGGAUUCGCCGAUGUUCAGGAAACAGCUUCAAGCAUUGGAGGAAAGUGCGGAGAUCUUGAGAGAACGCUGCCAGCGGUUGUUCAAGGGCUGCAAGCGAUACACAGAAAGUCUCAGCGAGGCCAAUGACGAGGAUGUGAAUUUUGCACAGUCGAUGGAAGCAUUCUGUUGGGGACAUGAUGAUCCCACGAGCAUUGCUGUUGGUGGGCCUGUGAUGAACAAGUUCACCAUCUCUCUGAGAGAGAUUGGGACAUACAAGGAGGUGCUGAGCUCUCAGGAGGUGAGGAGAAAGUUUGAUAAGGCGAGCCUCCAUUAUGAUCAGGUCAGGGAGCGGUUCUUGGGGCUCAGAAAGGACACAAAACCGGAGAUUGUCCGCGAUGUAGAGCAGGAGUUGCGAACUGCAAGGUCCCAGUUUGAGGAGUCACGCUUCAAUCUGGUGAAAGCACUGUCAAAGAUUGAAGCUAUGAAGAAGUACGAGUUCCUGGAGGCAGUGAGUGCAUCAAUGGAUGCUCAUCUGCGCUAUUUUAAGCAGGGGUAUGAGCUAUUACAUGCAAUGGAGCCAUUCAUCCAUCAGGUGUUGACGUAUGCUCAACAAUCACGGGAGCGCGCAAAGAUUGAUCAGGCGCAUUUAGAGGAGCGCAUUUCAGAAUUUCAACAGCAGAUGGAGCGCAGCAAUCAGAGGAGUGCAGAUGAAGUGGAUGUUCAGGUGGGAGGAGAUGGUCUGCAGGCUGUUGGCAAGAGCUGUUACAAGAAGAUUGAAGAUAUCAUGCAGUCGAAAGGAAAGGUCACCACACUCAAGCAAGGAUACCUUCUUAAGCGCUCUUCCAGUAUACGAGGGGACUGGAAGAGGAGGUUCUUCGUGCUGGACAGCAGGGGUACACUCUACUACUACAGAAAACAGUGGGGAAAACCAACGGAUGCUAAAACUGUGGCUUAUCAUACGGUUGACUUGUUGACGAGCACCAUCAAGAACGAUGCAGAGCAGACCGAUCUUCGCUUCUGCUUCCGAAUAAUUUCGCCGUUGAAGACGUACACCUUGCAGGCGGAGAAUGCACAAGACCGGGCAGAAUGGAUGGACAAGAUCACAGGUGUGAUCGCAUCGUUGUUGAAUCACCACAUAUCAGAACCGAGGCACAGACCGAGUCUAGACUACGGGACGGGGAACCAAGGACAUCAACGUUCACGCAGUGAGGGGGAGGCAGCGACGGAUGGUGAAUGUGAUGCACACUCUCACUCCAGCUCUGAUGGGGCUUCAAACUCUCCAUCAGCCUCUGGCAGAGACACAGGGCAUGGACGAGCUGCAAGUACUGGGUCAGCACGACCAUCUCUUGGCGAUGGCAGUGGGAGCAGCUUCUCUCAGCAUGUUUCCAGGCGGGAACGGCCACUUGACAUUCUGAAAAAGGUUCCGGGCAACGAUCGCUGUGCAGAUUGUGGUGCUCCUGAUCCUGACUGGGCAAGUUUGAACCUGGGGAUUCUAGUCUGCAUCGAGUGCUCUGGCGUGCACAGGAACCUUGGAGUUCAUAUCUCUAAGGUGCGCUCAACCACAUUGGAUGUUAAGGUGUGGGAAGCUUCUGUGUUGUCAUUCUUUCAAGCAAUGGGCAAUUCAUUUUCCAACUCUAUAUAUGAAGAGCUUCUGCCACGCGACUCUGAAGGAGAUGGUUCAGUUAAACCUCUCUCAGCAGCAGGUCAAUCCAGCGGCACUGAAGAUGAUGGAGGCGGCACAGAUCCAUUGCGUGAAGGAGAGCCCUCAACUGAGCACAAACUUGAGAGAAGAGCCGAUGGUCAGAAAGCAUCAACAGUGUCUGGGACAUCUUCGUGUGGACAGAUGAAGACUAUACUAAAGCCACAUCACCUCGACUCGCUGCCCGUCAAGGAAAAGUACAUCCAGGCAAAGUAUAUUGAGCGGCGGUUUGUCGUGGGGAGACCAGAGGGAUUAGUGAGUGGCAAGUCGGUUGCAAGGAGUAUUUGGGAGGCAGUGGACUUGGGAGAUAAGCAGCUUGUGGUGAGAUUGCUUGUUCAAAGUGGUGCAGACAUUAAUACGACUUAUGAGCAAGCGAUGAGUACUCAAAGUUCUUUAAUUCCAGGUUAUGCUCCAGAGGGGGAGAGGGAGAGGGUUGAUUUGCGGGGCUGUAUGCUUUUGCAUCUUGCAUGCCGCGUUGGAGAUAUUGCUCUUGUAGAACUUCUUUUGCAGUAUGGUGCUAUGGUAAAUGCUAGGGAUGCGCAGGGACGAACUCCUCUUCAUCAUUGCAUUCCGUGUGGAAACAACACAUGCGCUAAGCUACUACUCUCACGUGGAGCAGCAGCACAUGAAGCGGACUUGAGUGGGAAGACGCCUUUUCAGAGUGCGGUUGAGCUUGGGGCGAUUAAGGACGAAGACCUGUUUGUGCUGCUGUCGGAACCACCUCCAUAAGAUAAGGUUAUCGUUCCGGUCUGUCUAUCUGUUAGGCUCUUCUUGCGCAAGCGGAGUGUCUGUGUGUCCGGAAGGGGACGAUUGCGAUUCCUGGAGUGUCCUUUUGAGGGUGGAGAUCUCUUGUUAGGUGUGUUUUUUGGGGCGUAGAUUGGGCCAGCGACUGGGUCGGCGGCCACACCUUAGCAGUGCUCUCGAUAGAGUGUCUACACUUCUGAAUCGCUCCAAUUGGGCACACAGCCAUCUUUCUCCCACCCCUCCUCCUCCCUCCUAGACCAAUCUCUGUACUCAUUCAUUGUACUAUCUCCUCUUCCACCUCCCUUGCUUUGUCAUCUCCACUCUCCUCUCUCCCUGUCCUUCCCUGUGUUUCCCUCCUUUUCUCCAUCUCCCCUUCUCUCCCCUUCUCUGUCCUCCCUUAAAUAUCCACCUUUCUAUCCUUCACCAUAAGCCCCCUCCCGCCCUCUCCCCCCCCCUCCUCUCCCUUAUCUCCCCCUGAAUUAUCAUCUGGAGGGGCGUUUGCUGAUGAUGUCUUGAUGUCUAAGCGUUGCGGACAUCACAUACUGUUUUAUGAUCUUUUAGGAAGAAAAUAAUUGGGAGAAUAGCUCAUUGGUUGUCUUGGAACGUUUGGAAUCUGAGCUUCUGAAUCUUUAAGCAAGUGCAGAGCGAGCGAGAGAGAGAGAGAGAGAGAGAGAGAGAGAGAGAGAGAGAGAGAGUCGGUUUACAUUGGCUGUAUAUGACCUUAUUGAUUUACGGCUAAAUGCAAACAGUUUGUGGCUGUAUGGCCUCCCAUGCCUUAUGUUCCAGUCCAUCGCUGACCAACGGUUGGAUCCGACGGCAGCAGUGAUCAGGUCGUCGUCUGCCGUCCAUUCGCUGGGACGUGUUGUUGUUUUUUUGCGUCAAAACUCUCUUUCCGACGAGUCUCCGCACAUGUUCAUGUGACAGGGUCGGAGCUCGGGGCCUUGAUUUUGUUUUCUGUUCUUCGUUUGCUUAAGGCUCAAGGCGUUCGGGAGUACAUCCAUCUCCAUUUUUGAUUGCAUGAGCUUUCAUGGCCAAUUUCAUAUAAAUUCUGUGAAGGCUGUAAUACCUAUUUCUUCAUCAAUUGGCGGUCGGUGUCUGCAACAUCCUUCUUGUUAUGUUACGGUGACAGGAAGUGGGUCGGUUUGCGAUCGGCAAUGCAAUGCCGGGUCGGUUUGCGUUCUUUCUUUCGCACCCUCAAAUUUUGCCACUGUGAAGUGGAAUAAGAUGUUCACAACAAGUGGAUGAAUGGAUGCGGAUGCCUUUAUGGGUAGACCGUAGAGGCAUGGGCAUGGAUGGAUUCAUUCACGGACGGAUAGAUUUAUUCGGUAUGUGCAUGGAUGGAUGGAUGGAUGGACGGAUUUGCUCGAUUGUUGAAAUAAGGGUGGUGUGGUGGCCCUGGUGGGUGCGUUUGGGCAUAUUUUAUUAUUGUGGCAGCCACUGCAUCAGAUCCUGCUCCUCUUCGAUUGCUUGCGCCUACGUUUUAGUCAAAGAUGUGAAGAUGUGAACUUGGAAAUUAUCGUUGAAAAUUUUGGAGAAUUGUGAAUUGUGAUUAAUUAAUGAUGAAUCAACCCUACAUGUUGAAAACAAAUGCAUGCACGUUUC